AUGGCAGACAAACAGGCGGCCGCGUUAGACGAAGUUCUCCAUAUAAUAAUGAUCACGAAGGAGACUCCGCAGCGGAAUAAAGAGAACGUACAAAAGUUCUGUUUAGCCUUUCAAGCCGUCUAUUCAUUCUUGCCUGCAGAUUUCGAAUUGCCUAUAGUAUACGUCAUGCACCCCGCUCUUAAAGCGGCGUUUGAAGCCGCUUAUCCUCCAAAAGGGCCAGAGCAUAAGGACCUUGCCGCCAUGGACUUUGCCGCUUUUCUCGAUGAUGGCAUUGGCGAAGAGACGUUUGCCAAACUUACUUCAGAUAUUGAAGCGAGGAUCUCAGAAUUGAGAACAGCAGAUGCCUCCAUGUCCCAAAUCCACGAGAAUUUGGAAAAAGGAACCGGGGAAAUUCCUCCUAAAUCUCGUCCGCAAAGCUGA